CGAGAACUGAAGAGCGGAGCAUUUCGACUACAGGUGAGGGGUAAAUACAAAAGCAGAAGUGAGCUCAUCCGCCAUGGUUGCUGCAAUUACCAUUUUAACAAAUUCUUUCUCCUCUUCUUCUUCCUCCCGCAUCUCCUUUCCCUCUCACGAAUUUGUUGGUCCCCCAAAAGUAGCGUCUUCGAUAUCUUGGCAAAGAAUUUCAUUCUGCGUUGAAUGGUUCCCUUCCUUUCAACUCAAUACAACAUCAAGGAUUGCACUUAGGCCGGUUCUAGGAGUACUGAGUUUUCAAGCCGCAAGACGUCUUCGUGGCAGGUUUAGUUGCGUUGGCACAAAUACCCACAUUCAAACAGAUGAUCUGUUUUCAUUUUUUCGAGAAAUUGGACUCAAUGAUGGAGAAACUAAUUUACUUUUGGCCAAGAAUUCAACUUUAAGGUCAACAUCUUUGGACAGAAUUCGUUCUCAGGUUCUUGCUUUACAGUCAGUUGGAAUAAAAGGAAUUGCCCUUUUUCGCUUGAUUACAAAAUGCCCAGAUGUUCUGAUAGCAGAGGAAAUUGGCAUGUUGAUAAGCUUUUUGAAUAAUGAUUUACAAGUGGAGAUUGACUCAACACAACUCGAACGCUUUUUCAGGGGUGUGGAACCAAGAUUUCUGCUUGGUUUUGAUCAGAAGGUUAAGCUGCUCCUUCACCAUGGAAUCCCUCCACAAAAGAUUGGUUAUGUUCUCAACAAUGUCAAUUUGAACAAAGCUUUUUGUAUCAAGUCAGUUGAAGAUAUUGAAAGGACUAUUACUUUUUUGAAACCAUAUGGUGGCACUGAUAUCAUUGUUAGACGUCCAGCCAUUCUCAACUAUGAUCUGGAUGCUCAUUUGAUUCCAAAAGUUCAGUUUCUCAGGGAGCUUAGUGGGGAAGAUGAGGAAGCCACAGGGAUUGUUUUGCGGAAACUCCCAUUUAUUUUGAGUUACCGCUUAGAACAUAUGGAGGGCCAUGUUGAGUUCUUCAGAUCAAACGCUGGUCUGAGUGACCAGGAAGUAUUCAAGAUCAUUCAGGUCUUCCCAAAUAUGAUGAGUGCCAGUAAAGAUAGGAAACUGCGCCCAAGAACAGAAUUUCUCAAGCAAUGUGGGCUGAAUUCGAAUGACAUUUUCAAGUUCUUGACUAGAGCCCCCUUGUUUUUAGCCUUAUCAGAGGAAAACAUCUCACUUAAAAUUGGGUAUUUAGUCAAAAUUGGAUACAAAUACAGAACGAAGGAAUUGGCAGUGGCAUUGGGAGCUGUCACCAGGACAAGUUGUGAAAACAUGCAAAAGGUCGUUGGCCUAUUCUUGAGUUAUGGGUUUUCCUGUGCAGACAUUCUUGCCAUGAGCAAGAAACAUCCCCAGGUGUUGCAGUAUAAUCCCAGUUCUUUGGAGGAGAAGAUGGAGUACUUGAUAGAGGAGAUGGGCCGAGAAAUUAGCGAGCUACUGGCUUUUCCAGCAUUUCUUGGUUACAAGCUGGAUGACCGGAUUAAGCAUAGGUUUGAAUUAAAGAAGAAGACCAGAGGGGAAGGAAUGUCUCUCAACAAGCUUUUAACUGUGCCAGCUGACAGGUUCUUGUCCAAAAAGGUUGUGAGAGUCAAGUGAAUUUGGGUAAUUUUGUUGAAUUAUUCGUUGUACAUAUUUGCUUCAUUAGUGAGGUUGCUUUAAGCUUUCUCAUUGCCUUAUUUUGAUUGACAAGAAUUCCUUUUGAUUUUGAUGUGGCAAUCACAGUGUCUGGUAUAGGAAUUCAGGUUACUUCUAACUGAAUCAUGCCGUUUUUGUGAAAUACUGAUGAAGCUUGUUUAGAACAAGAGGCCUUCUUUUUUUUCUUUUUUCUUUUUUUUUUUGGUUUUUCUGGCCGAAGCCAAUCUUUCC